AUGUCGCAAGCCACACUGGCUCCUUACCAAGCGGAUUACAUUGACUGUGCACUUAAGUGGGACAUCCUACGCUUUGGAGGACCUUUCACGCUCAAGUCAGGUCGUCAAUCCCCGUAUUUCUUCAAUGCUGGUCUCUUUAACACUGGUAUGAAGCUUCAAAAAAUGGCGGAAUGCUACGCCGACCGCAUCGUUGAAAGUGGUGUCGAAUUCGAUGUUCUUUUUGGUCCUGCAUACAAGGGUAUUCCUCUCGUUGCCGCCACAGCUCUGGCACUUGCAAAGAACCACGGUCGCGACGUGAAUUUUUGCUUCAACCGCAAGGAAGCUAAGACACACGGUGAGGGAGGUAACCUCAUUGGUGCUCCCUUGAAGGGCCGCGUGCUUGUUGUGGAUGAUGUGAUUACGGCAGGCACUGCGAUCAACGAGGCCGUUGACAUCAUCAAUGCCCAGCCGGAUGCCAAGCUGAUCGGUGUUGUGAUUGCUCUUGACCGUCAAGAACGUGCAACGGAGGAUGUUCCUGAAAGUGCCAUCAUGCAGGUGGAACGUCGUCUUGGCAUCAAGGUGUACAGUGUCGUCACUUUGAGCCAAAUUAUCCAGCACAUGUCGAACACUCGGGGUGAGUCGGCACGUGCAGACAUUGAGAGUAUGCAGGCGUAUCGCGCUCGCUAUGGGUGCUAA